UGUCUGGGUCUGGAAACUUGUGAUGCUGGGUGGCGUCUCAUGAUGAGGCUACGAAUGCUGGCUCAGCAUGACAAGUUUCUGAGCUCCUAGGUGUUGCCUAUUCUGCAUGACAAACUGCGGCGCUGCAUCACAGAAAAACGGAGCUCUUGGAUAAUGUGCAUGACAGAUUUAAGAGUCAUACCAGACAAGCAUGACAGACAUGAAUUCUUCCAGACUCAGACAUUUUUACAUUUGGUACGAGACCGUCCUGUGCGAGAGCAGCCUGGCUUCGGGAAACUUUCCGGAAGUGACCCGCUCACUGCUUGCAAAGGUUUUCGCAUCAUGGACUGCUGGUGUACCUGGCGGGGUCGGGGGGGGAGGAGGACCGCAGCUUGCCAGUGGCGGGAGCAGUGGGUCAACGAGCGGACGCACCAUUAUCCCACCGGCCCAGGGGGAAGUGAAGCGACUGUCCUACUUGUACGACCAGUGGCUCUUUCACUUUGUGCUCGACAACCAGUUCUGUUUCCUGUGUCUGGCGGAGCGCGAGGCGGGCAGAAGAAUACCCUUCACGUUUCUGGACCAGCUAAGGACAGACUUCAGAACAAAGUAUCAAUCUCUGAUGCAGCUGCUGCCCUCUUGUUCUGUAGUACUGAUUAGAAGAUGACAGCGAUCAUGUUUACUACUCGUAUCGUUCUUCGUGUUUUGUUCCGUGAAAUAAGAAACUGAACUUGCUUCUUCUCCAAAAAGGAAUUGGGGUUCACCCGUCGUUAAAUUCAAAAAAAAACACAGAACUGUUCAAAAUGCGAAACAAAGGUUUUCACCCCUGUUUCUGGACCGCCGCGCCUCCGCCUGGGACAGUAGCAAAUUGCAGACGGCCUUUGGCCCCGACCUGCACCAGCUUCUCGAAUACUACAAUUCCACAGACGCGGACGCGAUCCGCCGGGUGCGCGGGGAAAUCGCCGAUUUGCAAAAUGUGAUGGUGGAUAACAUCGAGAAAAUUCUUUUGCGGGGCGAGAAAAUCAAUCUCCUGGUCGACAAGACCGCGGAGCUGGAAACGAACGCGGUCGUGUUUCGUCGGGACGCGGCUGAGCUGCGACGGAUCAUGUGGUGGCGAAAUUGCAGAAUCGUGGUGAAACUGACAUUUCUGAUCCUGCUACUCAUUUUCCUCGUCAUCUGGUACGAAUGCGGAUUCAAAUUUGACAAGUGUUGACAGCGGUGUGAAGAAAGCUGCCCCAGUAGAUAAGCGGGCGUGGUUCCUGCAGAAAGUUAAUGCUGGAGAUGAACGUGCGGCUCCGGGUCCGGUGCAUGACGUUGUUGUAGCGACGAGAAAGUGGAGAGCAGUAUCUUUCUGAUUGUCCAAAGCUCUACUGGCAAAUGCAGAUCAUCUUGUCGUGCCAUCGAAUUACUCACGCCAGAAGGGAGGAUCUUACUUUGCGGCUACGGCCAUGUCGCCCGAAU